CCGUCGUCGUUCAACCUACUUCCGGUUAUUGCGUCUUUCCGGUCUCUCGGUUAUUGCAUCCAUGCUCCAGAGACGGUGGAUUUCCUCUCAACACGUUCGGAGGAUUGAAAAACAGAAGCGAUCAUGUUCAAGCUGGAAGGACUCGGACCUAAAAUGGACCCGGAAGAGAUGAAGAAGAAAAUGCGUCAGGACGUCAUGUCGUCUUUGAGAAACUUCCUUAUUUACGUCGCCCUCCUCAGAGCCACUCCGUAUGUGCUAAAGAAGCUGGACAGCAUAUGAAUGGAGCUGCUGACCUCUUCUCUCCUCCACCCACUGAGGUCCCUGAGACAGAGCACAGACCAUCCUCAUCAUGAGCAGACAGCUGGGGCCACGGCAGCAUCACUCCCCUGUGACAUGACCUGCGUCAGUCCAUCACUGUGAAGCAGAAAACAAAUCUGUUCUCGUUUCUAGUCAUGUUGUAAACAUUAGUCUGCCCCAUUAUUUUUGUUUGUGUGUUUUUUGUUAAAUAAAUUGUGAUCAUUGUUAAAUGCAGCGUGUGACGAUGUGCAGGGUUGCUGCGUCAUGCAAUAAAGAGAAAUAAUGUUCAA